AUGGUAAAGCGGACGACUCUGACUCCCACCACGAAGAAACGUCGACAUUCGACGCCUGCCCGGAGCAACGGCAGCGGAUGCAGCGGCAUCGACUCAGCAGAUCCCUUCGUCACGGCAAUUGACUCCCCAUUCUGCGGCGAAGUGACCUUCCUACCUCUCCGACAAGUCCUCGACGGACGCGUCAAGCGCCGUAUCAGGAGAAAUGGGCUCAGCGAAGAGAUGAAUACAAUCAAUGCCGAGAAGAGACGGCGAGCGCAACAAACCAAAGCUGAGAUCGAAGCAUUGAAGGCGGAAGUGGCGGCUAAAGAUGCUGAGAUCCAGCGCCUGCAUGAUGAGACGAUCGUACAGGAUACAGACAGGAUAGUGGAGCUCGAGCAGCGGAUAGAUGAGCUCCGAUCAGAGCUUGCUUCGAGAUCUGGAGUUCGCAUUAAUCGGCAUGAUGAGAGCACGCAUAUUGACUGGACGCUGGCUGCAAGAGAUCCUUUCUCAGACGAGCUCAUGGACCUGGACAUGGAUCAUGAUGGUGAUGAUGAGGAUGAGUUCGGUGAGACUACCAUGGCAGAUAUAGCGUGCAGUACGCCGACUCGCCGCGUCUCUGCCAGGAACUCCUUCCCAACACCUCCGUCGACAAGCCCGGCCCCAAUGCCAAUGACACCUUGCUCUCAUCAUAUGUCCACGCCUAAGUCCAAUGCGGGCGUUCAGGUCAGCAUGCCGGAUACGGAGAAGCAGCAUCUCGAAGACGAGCUUGCAUCAUUACAACUGGAGGUCUGCAAGCUGACGACCACGCUGGAGACCUAUUCUGCCAUGACCUCCAGGAUAACAGAAAAGCUCUCCCCAUUUGCAACAGAAGAUGAUGCGAUGGAUGAAAACGCACUGAAUACCAAUUCGACAAGCGCUGCGGACUCGAAGCUUGAGACACACCUCAACACUCUCCUUCGCACACUCUCAGACCGAACCGCCGCGUUGACACACCUCAGCUUCUCCCUCAACGACCUGGGCUUCCCAGGCAACGACGCAUCCGAAGUCAUCGCCUCACUCUCAACCGCAUUCCGCACUGCACGUCUUGAGUUAGAGUAUCUAACACCCGGCGAGAUUCCCUUACCUCUAACAUCGGCCGGAGCUGCCGUACUCGAUCUACUGUUAACCAAGCUCCGCGACCUAGCCCGCAAGAGCAGGGAGAACGACGAUGCUAUCGACGAGUACCAUGCCCUGGAGCUGUCACUCCGGCAACAGCUUGGGGCACGCGUCGAGGCAAUGGAUGGCAUGUCGCGCGAAAUGAAGGCCUUGGAAGGCGACGCGAAGCAGAAAGAUGCUCGCAUCGCAGAUCUCGAAAUCGGCAUUGAGCGUCUCAAAGGCGCCGUCAAGUCCUACGCUCGUGACGUGUCUGAGCUGGAGGCGUUGGUGGGCCGCAUGGAAGGCGAGCUACAAACUGCCAACGCACAAAACAACAAGUCCCGAGAGGACCACGAGGCUGAUAUGAAAGAGUGGACGGACAUCUUCACAGAUAAGCAGUCGUGCAUCUCGACGCUCGAAACGAAACUGUCGGAUGCGAUGGCGCAGACGUCAGAGCUCAAAGAGCAGCUGAGCACAGUGAAUACUCAACAUGCAGAGCUACAGUCCAAGCACAAGGACGAGGUCGCCUUGCUAAACAAGGCACAUGGCUCAUCGCUUGCCCUGCGUGACGCACGUGUAUCGGAGCUCCGUCUGGAAAUUGACAGAGUCAAUGACGCGCUGCGGGCGGCCCACGAGACAGUACGGCAGCUUCGUGUUGACAACGGCUCGCUUAGCAAGCGACUCGACGACGAGAAGAACAAGGCCAAGGCCGCAAUCGAUACGAUGAAGGCGGAGCUGGAGAGAGUCGUCCGAAUGAGCCAGGACUUUUUGGCCACGCCGAAGAAGAGCAAGGUUUUGACUCCGGGGCGCCGCAGCCGGAGUGGGAGUCUGGAUGGGCGGGAAAGCGAGGGCAUGCCGGCGACUGUUGUUCGUCCGGCGAAACUGUUAGCCGGUGAUCUUGCGAGAAGGACAAGUGAUGGUGGGAAGGGGAAGAAGAGAAGACGAUAUGAUAGCGGGCUUGGUUUCCUCGAUGAGGAGGAGAUUGAUGUUGAUGCUUGA